UACAUCAGUACAUCCAAGUAGUGCAAAGGGAAAUGCAGCAACAGAAUGCAGAAUGUGGUGUUACAGUUACAGAGAAAGUGCGGUGCAGGCAGACAACAAGGUGCAAGGGCUAUGACCAGGUAGACGGAGAGAUCCAGAGACCUUCUUUAGCGGAUAAGAGGUCGGGUCAAGAAUCUUAUCACAGCGGGAUAGAAGCUCUCCUUGAGGAUGGUGCCUCUGGAAGCCGUGUCACCGUCAGCGUCCGUGAGAGAGAAGUGAACGGGACCGUUCACCAGUCUGUUCUUCUCGCCGCCUCCUACUCCGCACCCGAUCCCGACUCCACACCCGCUCCCGACUCUCCGCUAAUAUUGAUGUGGGAUUUAUACCCCAACACAACUCCGUUUGUGAAACUGACCCGAUCACAGUGCCGCCCUGACCGACCCGGUUAUCACUGCUCAGAUCACUUGGCUAUCUCCCCUUCCCACACGGGACGGGUCCACCUCUACCCCGACAAUGGGUCCUUGUUACUGUGGGAUUUACGGCGCAGUGACAGCGGAGUGUACGUGAUAUCCGUUUACAGCGGUGGGGACAACACCGUUCAAGACAACGUGACGUUAACGGUCUACAAUGAGACAGAGAGUGCGGGUCCCACUUCCCCACCCGUCACCACACCGCACCACACCGGACCAUCAGCUCACACCAUGCUUACAGUCGGACCCAUUUGCCUCGUCAUUAUCCUCGUCACCGUCUGCUUGUCCCUGCUGUGGACCAGGACACAUAGGGGUUGUCAUAGGUUGGAUACCACAGAAAGAAUUGUUCAGUCUAAUGGAGUUUCACGGGAGGACUUGAAUGAGAACAAGGAACAGAAUUCGCAGUAUGAGACCGUAUACUCCACUCUACAGUUUCCUCUGGAUAACAGCCCAACAACAACAUGCGGACCUGACGCACACGUCAUUUACACCGCUCCACGGAAAGUGCAGUGAGAGUGGAGUGCCUGAGCUAGCGGCAGCUGACUGGAGGUUGUAUCGGCUCCCUGUACGGGCGGGGAAAGGCGGACAAUCGGGGAGAAAUGUUGGAAGGUGACAAAUGUGACAACCAAGCCUUCUUGAAGGUGGUGGUGAAUAAAACCAGAAAGGGGUGAAAACACUCAGCUGGUCAGGCGGCAUGUGUGGGGGAAGAAACAGAAGUUUCAGGUCUGGAGAAAUGUCAUGUACUUGCGGCAACUUUGAUUUUAUAAGCUGUGAAAACAUGAGGACCUUGGUGGAAUGGAUCCUGUGACAGGAACACCACCCUUCAUGGGGAGUGUUGUAGCACAUAGAACGAUCAGAACUCCUCUCCGGUUCUAAGGAAGGACCACUGGUCACCGUGGACCACAAUGACAGGUGACAUAGCCUUGAGCGAUCAGGAAAGCUGAGGAGGCCCCUCAACUUUCAGAAAUGUCGGAGCCCUUUGUCUGCAGGUUCCUGAUGCAGGACACGGCUUAAACAGUGAAAUGUUUUACAGAGUAUAAGCUUAUUUUGUUUAUGAUGUGCAUUAGUUCUAAUAUCAUUGCUGCAUUAUAAAAGUUGUUAAAUUUCAUUGCACAUGGGUGCUUAAAAAAUAAACCAACCAAAAUAUAAUGUGUGUUAACUCUAUUAAAAUAGUGUAAGGUCAAAAAAGCAAAGUAUGAUGGUCAGUGAAGGUGAUGUUUAUGCAAAGACUGCGCUAGAACAGAAUUAUG